AUGUCUGAGAUUUCUGACCAGAUUUUCUACACAGUAGGUGAUUGCUUUCGGACGGAAACAAACCCCUGUGAUUCAACUUGUGCUGGAAUUCCUACCCCUGACUUGUCCUAUCAGAGCGGGGUGAGGUAUACUUAUAGGUAUAGCACGACAAUUACCACAACCCUUCAUGGCUCCAAUGCUGGGAGGAAUGGACUGGCUUUGGACUGUGUGGUUGAUAUCGACGUGGUUUCCAAGUGUCACCUAAUGAUGCAGAUUAGGAAUCCACAGAUAAAGCGACUUUCCCCUCAGAAGGAACACUCUGUGCAGCGUUUAAAAAGCUUGAGGGAGUCACUGGAGAGAACGCGCCUCAAGUUCUCUCUCCAGGCAGGAAAGGUCACGGCCCUGUGUCAUCAAGAAGGGGAGCAGGUGUGGGCCCUCAACAUUAAAAGGGCUCUACUGAGCAUGCUCCAGACCUCCCGCACUGCCUCCAAACAGGAAUUAGAAAAGGAGACGGAUGUGUACGGGACAUGUACCAGCAGGUAUGAGAGGCGAGGACCUGUGCUUCUCAAGAGCAGGGAUCUAAAACAGUGCCAGCAGUCCAGGCUGGCAAACUUCUGGCCCCAUUCAGUAUCUUUAGCUGAAGAUACAUCAGUACAGUCAGAGCUGCACUGUGUUCAGAGGCAUGGAUCUACAGUGAUGGAAGAGGUCAACUGCAGUGAAGCCAUUUCUGUGGCAACAUGGUCCAGGACUGCAGGUCUGGUGAAGACCCAAACAGUGUCUACCCUGCUCCUGCUUAGAGCCCAGCCAGGGAUUCCUUCAGGCGCAGAUUCCUUAGGUCUUGGUGUGCUAAGAGACCUGCAGUUUGAGGACGUGGGGGCUGCAAGGCCAGGAAAAGCCACAGCAUCAACGCCUCAGCAAGCCAGUCAAACUGUCAGGAUGUUAUGUAGCCUCACCUCAGACCCAGAACUGGUUUCACGAGAGUUCCUUCAACUGGCUUUCCAGCUGAGAGAUCUGACUCUCUCUCAACUCAAGAUACUUUGGCAAGAAGCGUCUUUCAAGUGCCGCAAUGACUGGCAGCCUUUGUUGGAUGCAUUACCAGCCUGUGGAUCCGAAAACUGUAUCGUACUACUGACUGACUUAAUGAGGAACAAAGAGGUGGAGGAGGAGCAGGCUCACGCUUUUCUCACCACCAUUGCCCUCAUCCCUUAUCCUUCGCCACAGAUCAUUGACUCCAUCAAUGUCUUACUGGAGGUCCCAGAGAUGUGGUCCAAGGCGUUGUUAGCUGGAUCAUCUUUGGUCUAUCAGAUGUGUCAAAGGUCUCAAGCCUCCUGCAGUAAAUUUCCUCAGAUACAGACCUUCCUACAGAUUCUUGAGGAAACCCUGAAAGAGGGCUGCAAAGGAGAACAUCCCACUCAGAGAGACACACUUUUUUAUGCACUGAAAGCUGUGGGAAACACUGGUCUGUCUGCUCCAGCCUUCAUUCCUCUGCUAAAUCGCAUCAUGCUUGGCCACUCAAAUGCACUGGAGCUGAGACUCGUUGCCACCCAAUCCUUCAGACGCUUUCCCUGCUCGGCUGAUAGAUCUGUGCUGUUGCAGCUGUACCGCUCCUCCCAGGAGGAUCCUGAGGUCAGAAUCGCUGCAUACCAACAACUCAUGCGCUGCCCCGAUCAGGAGGUGUUUGAAGUGGUGAAGACAGCGCUUAGGAAUGAGACCUCCGGCCAAGUGGGCUCAUAUGUGUGGAGUCACCUCACUAAUGUACUGAGGAGCGAGGACCCCAUGAAGCAGGCCCUAAUCGAGUCACUGCCUGAUGACAUUAUCAGCAGAGACUUUGAAGCCGAGUUUUUGAAAUACUCCUCCUUUUCAGACCACACUGUUUCAUCAGGCAUGGGAAUUACAAAUGUGGAAACAGCUUUAGUUUUCUCUCCCAAAUCAUUUCUGCCGAGAUCUGCCACUGCCAACCUGACAGUGUAUUUUCAUGGUAGAGCCCACAACCUUCUGGAUGUGGACCUUCACGUUGAAGAUGCUGAACCACUUUUGAAGAACAUUUUCGGUCACCAUACCCACGACUCUGACGGAGAGUCUGUGACUCAAGGCCAAAAACAUACGCAGUCCAAAGAGGCGAGGAGGACUAGAAGAAAAACAGAUGAUGGACAUAGAGGAGAAAAAGAAAGGUGUUUAUCCAGCACCAAUAGUUAUCUGGACCAGGCCAGGGCCAUGUUGUUUGGAAGGAGAAGCAUAGAGGAGAACAGGCCCAAGUGUUGGGUUGGUGUGAAGGUGUUUGGCAAUGAGCUCAGUGUGUUUACAUGUGAAGAUCUCUACAAUCAAAUUAACCAGCUGUCGCUGAGCGUGGCAGGACUGGGUGUCAAACUGCUCAAGGGUCAUGAGGUCCAGCUGAACCACAGGGCCGUGCUGAUGACAGAGGAGCUUGUUUUACCAUCUCUGUCUGGUUUGCCUGUCAAACUGGGCAUCAACAUGACCUCCCUCCUUUCAUUACGCUUGAAGGGCAACGUAAACUACAGGGACACUUCUCACUUCUCCCUGACUGGAUACAUCAAACCCAGUGCCUACGUGGGGCUGUCUGCCAGGAUGGGGAUUGAUAGUGCUUUGGGUCAGGCUGCAGUGAACUGGGUCUCUGAGCUGAGGAGCUCCACCAGUCUGGAUGGCAGUGUUCAGCUGCAGGAGGGGCGAGAUAUCAGGGUCACACUUAACACACCAGAGGACGUAAUGGAUAUUAUCUCUCUCAGCUCCAGAGUGUUUCAUCACAGUGGAGACCACAGAGAGGAGAUAAAGGGGCCAAAGAUUCGAGUCCAGAGAGCCACCUGCACACCAAAGACAUGGUCCAAGAUGGUCGGCUGGCAGCUGUGCUCCAAUGCCUCUUACCCAUUACCUGCCACAGGUAUUAUUUCACUUCCCCCUCCAGGACCAGUCCACCUCUCCCUCAGGCUGCUGAAGCUGGACAGAGGCCUCCACUACUACCUGCUGGAGGCUGCCUACUCACUGCUCCCUCAGAGAGACACAUGGCUGCCCAGAGAGGCCUCCAUCCACCUCCUCCUGGCCACACCUCAGUCUUCCAUCCGCAGGGACAUGUCUCUGGACCUGACCUUCAACCCUCAUAGACUGCUGCUUAGGCUCAGCCAUCCUCUGAAAACUAUCCACAUACAAGGGCAACUUGAACAAGAGAGGAAUAUGAAGUCAGGAAAGCUGGAGCUUUUGAUUGAUGAUGUUAAUUAUUAUAUCACGGGUUUGGUCGACACUCAGACCCUCCUGUCAGAGCAGAGAACACGCUAUCACCUUGAAGCCAAAAUGGCUACUGAUAGACAGCCCAUGAUCCUCUCUGCUAAUGUUACUCGUGGACUGGGGAGGAAGACCAGCUUCUCUGCCACUGUGAAGAAUGUGUUCAGAGAAACUGCAUCGCUGUCAGUGGCCCUAGAGCGCAGGCGGGAUGGCAGCAGCAGGCAGUACUCUGUGGAGGCGGAGCUCCUGUUACCCGGUGUGGUUGGCACCAGAAUGCUGGGACUGAUGGAGCAGAAGGGCUCACUGUGGAGCUCCGCGCUCAGGCUCAAAUGUGGUCUGGGAGGUGAUGCCCGGCACCUGCGUCAGGAGUGCCACACGUCUCAGAGACUAAGGAGUGAGAGGCACUCAAACCUCACAUACAUCAUGAGAGCAGAUCAUGAAUUCUACUGCUCCAACACCGCUCCCAUCAACCACAAGAUCCACCUCAGGCACGAGGAAAGCCACAGCCACAUUAAAUCAGCCCUGGACAUUAGCUACGGCAAACACUGGGAUGAGAUCAACAACAAACGCACGCUUCUUCUGAGCCAGUCCUUCAAAAACCAAUCUACACAAAACCAUACCAGCUACACAGUGGAGUUCAGUCUCCAGGUGCCAGAGAAGAAUUUAAACUACAGGACUCAGCUUCUGCACUCUCACCUGAGACAGCUCGGGUCAGAGAGCAGCACUCACCUCAAAAUCAACUACAACAACGUGAUGCCACUGGUGGCUGGAUUACAAUGGAAAAGCCCUCCCAAAGACGCCCUGCUGAAAAAAUGGGAAGGAACAUUUAACAUGGACACACCGUGGCUGUACAUCUACACUGCCCACAAAUUAAGCCAGCACCAGCGCCACACGCUCCAGCUCACCUCAGAGCUGACAGCCAGCAAGUGGCUGACCAUCCGUAACCUCCUCCUGGAGGGUUUGUACAAGGAUAGGGGCAGAGAGAAGGAGGCUCGUCUGAAACUCUACACACCAGCUGUCACCUACAUCCAAGCAGAAGGGUGUGGCAUGGUGGGGAAGCGAAGUGUGAAGGCUUCCUCCUCUUUGAGCUCAUUGUGGACUCCACCCUUGAGUGGAGACGUCUCUCUGGAGGCCUCUAAAUUCAGCCACACCCUGCAGAUGGCCUUUACCUAUGGCAAGCACAAUGUCAGCCUUGCAGCUGCUCUGAACGCUGUGGAUAAGGAGUUGAAAAAGAGGCAAGUGAUACUGACGAUGACCUUCUCAAAGCCGAAGAGUCCAUCCACAGAACUGGAGUUCGAGGGGGUUAUAGAGGAGCUGAGGAGGGACAAGAGGAUGUAUCAGAAAACAGCAAUGCUCCAGCUCAGACAGCCGUUCCAGAGCUUUCCUCAGACUCUUCUCCUGCGGGAGACUUUCACCAUCGACCUUCUCAAAGGCCUUUAUUUCAUGGAGUCAAAAGUCAGUUUCCAUGACAACAGAGAGGUCAUCCACACCCUCACCCUCGGCUACCAACCACCGAGCCCAUUUGUUUGUUCUGCACUGAUUCAUCCUUUCAGCUCUGACACUGUUCCCUCAGACUCAGAAAUCUGUGUGACCAUAACCAGCAACCAGACCCAGAAAGGUAUACAAGGGAGGUUGCGUGUUGGAACAAAGGAGAGGCUGACUUUCUUCGGACAAGUUCAGUUGAACCCUUUGCACUUACGUCACAAAACGUUGAAAGUUAGAGCCAACUUCACCCAUCAGCUCCAGCUGCAGCUGCCCUCCUCUGCUUUAAUGGAGGGAAAUGUAUGUUGGAACCCCAAAAACAACACUGACUUUGAUUAUCAGGCCAGAGGGAAACUGAGAGUAGAGCGACACGAGUGCCAAUUUUCUGUGCAGCUCAAUGGAACGUCUGACAUAGUUGGUCUUUAUUCUUCUCUCGGUCAUCCCUUUAAAUCAAAGAUCCCAAAAAAAUUAGAGGUGAAGGCCACUGCAGACAUUUCUAUAGUGGCUGGUAGAGGAAGUAGCUCAGUACAUGUGAGGGCUGAUGGUAAGGACAGAGUGAAGCUGGAUGCCCAGAUGUCCCACUCCCUCCAGAGAGGGGACAGAGCCGUGGCACUGAGGGUGAACUUAUCACAGAGCCUGCUGCAUUCUGCCAAUGACCUGGAUGUAAACAUGGCCGCCAACAUGUCCUCAGACAGUGUGUCUCUACAUGGCUCCUAUACACAGGGACAUGAGGCUCUGCUGGCCCAGGUUAAAGGGUCUCUAAAAAAAAACCAGGGUCUCCAGCUGGCUGUGUCCGGGGACCUGAGGCACUCCGUUGCCAAUCUUGCUAUUUUGCCUCCAGUCCUGGGUUUGGAUGGUGUACUGGGACAGUCUGACACCCUCAUUGAAGGACAGCUGAGAGUUAGAGUGAUGGAGAUCUUGUACAGUGUGGAGCUGAGACAUCAAAAGGCCCCUGGAGAUUCUUUGGACAGAGAAGAUGAAGAGACCACGAUGGGGAAGAAAUUUCACGUGGCCCGUGAUUGGGUAUGUGUUUCGUUGGGGGCAGAGCAUUUGUGUGUGAAUGUAAGCCGUCGACUGGGGGAUCGGGGUACAGGUGAGGUCUACACCCGGCUCUCUAACUCCUUCCAUCUGCUCAAUGCCACAGGUAAUUAUUACUUUAUACCUAACACAUUAUAUGUUUUUCACAUUAUAAUAUCUCCUGGUUUCUAAGUCUCUUUGUCUUCUGG